UUGGUUGUGCUGCAUUUUAAACUUAAUACAGCCGUUCUAAAUGUGUAACAGGAAAGUUUGUUGCAACUUGUUAUUGUUAAUAGAUAGCUAAUUUCUAAAAUUGUAUGUUUUAGAGGGACAAAUCUCUCGAGAGUUGAUUUUUUUUAUUGUUUCCAAAAUGAGCGAUGUUAUGGAGAAGACGCUGACAGCUCUGCCAAGCCUCCUGUCUUUAGACUCUCAACCUGGGUCUGCAAAACUGUCCGCUAACUCCAAACUAGGAAACCUUAUAAGAGGAAUCACUGAGCUAACCUCCAAACAUGAAGAGGAAAAACUUAUUCAGAGGGAGCUGUCGUCAAUCAAAGAACAAGUGUCCUCUCCGAACACCACCAUGAGGCAAAUGAAGGAGCUCAUGGUGAGAACCAUCUACUGUGAAAUGUUGGGCUACGAGGCUUCCUUCAGCUAUAUUCAUGCUAUUAAACUGGCUCAGCAAGGCAAUGUCCUGGAGAAGAGGGUCGGUUAUCUUGCUGUUUCCUUGUUUUUGAACGAAAGUCACGAGCUGCUGCUUCUCCUGGUAAACACAGUAUUAAAGGAUCUUCAGAGUACAAACCUGAUCGAAGUGUGCAUGGCUCUCACAGUUGUCAGCCAGAUGUUCCCCAAAGACAUGAUCCCAGCAAUCCUCCCUCUGGUGGAGGAGAAGCUCAGUCACUCCAAAGAAAUCAUUCGACGGAAAGCAGUCCUGGCGCUGUACAAAUUCUACCUGAUAGCACCGAAUCAAGUUCAGCACAUUCACAACAAGUUUCGUAAAGCGCUGUGUGACAAAGACCCUGGUGUCAUGUCGGCUUCGCUGCACAUCUACUUACAGCUGAUUCAGGAGAAUCCAGAAGGUUACAAGGACUUGACAAUGAGUUUUGUCACCAUCCUGAAGCAAGUGGUGAUGGGGAAGCUGCCCAUGGAUUUUAACUACCACUGUGUUCCUGCGCCCUGGCUUCAAAUUCACCUUCUCAGAAUUCUCUCCUUACUCGGGAAAAACGACCAGAGCAUGAGCGAGAUCAUGUAUGAAAUCCUCGAUGAGUCUUUGCAAAGAGCAGAGAUGAACCACAACAUCACUUAUGCAAUUUUAUACGAAUGUGUGAAAUGUAUUUACACGAUUCAUCCUAAACCUGACCUUUUGGAAAAAGCUGCAAAGUGCAUUGGCAGCUUUGUUUUAUCGCCGAGGAUAAAUCUAAAGUAUCUUGGCUUGAAGGCCCUCACCUACGUGGUCCAGCAGGACCCAAAACUAGUCCUGCAGCAUCAGAUGACCAUCAUCGAGUGUCUUGAUCAUCCUGAUCUUAUUAUAAAGCGGGAGACGCUGGAGUUGCUUUUUCGUAUCACUAAUGCCCAGAAUGUCACCGUCAUCGUGGAGAAGAUGCUGGAUUUUCUACAAGUCAGUGAAGAUAAUCACACCACCAUUGACCUGGUGGGGAAGGUGGCAGAACUGGCAGAAAAAUAUGCACCAGACAAUGAAUGGUUCAUUGAGACCAUGAACACAGUGUUUUCUGUGGGUGGAGACGUGAUGCAGCCGGACAUCCCAAACAGUUUCCUCAAACUGUUAUUGGAGGGAUUUGACAGUGUGGAGGAAGACAAGAAACUGAGACUGUUUGCUGUGAAUUCCUAUGUUUCUCUGCUGCAAGGAGAGCCCAGCAGACUGCCCCAACGCUUCCUUCAAGUCAUCUGCUGGGUUCUUGGAGAGUAUGCUCAUCUAAACGAGGAUGUUGAGCCUGACGCUGUCCUGAGGCUGCUGGCAAAACUGUUGGACAUGAAGAGCAGCACCAGUGAAACCAAGAGCUGGGUCCUCAUAGCCAUGACCAAGCUCUGCUCAGGGGGAGCAGCUUUCUCUGUGGCUCACGAGGUUUCUGAAACGUACGGCAGCUCCAUGGACACCAUGCUGAGACAACGAGCGCAGGAGCUGCAGCACCUCAGCCAAGACUCGGCACUACAGAGCAGGGUGUUCCCUCGAAGUGGCAGCCAGGAGCCUGUUGAGGUGGAUUCCUCACUGUCGUUCCUGGAUGGAUUUGUGUCGGAGGCGUUGGCUGCAGGCGCUGCUCCGUACAAGCCUCCUCAUCAAAGGCAGGAGGAGAUGUCCCGAUCAAAAGUCCUGAGUUUGGAGCCCUACGGCCUGUCCCUGCCCAUCAGCAUGUCGUCCUGCAGCGUCACAGACAGACAGUCUCCCACUCUGUUAUCCAUGAGCUCCAGUCUGUCAGGUGACAGCGCUGAGCUGUCGCACAAAGCCAGCUCCACAACCUUGAAGCUGGACGGUGUGACGAGGGUGUGGGGGCGAGAGGGCUACCUGGUGCAGAGAGAACCUGUACAGGAAGCCGCUCAGGUGGAGGCUCCCAGUCCACUCCGGUCUCCUCGUCAGCAGGGGGACGAGGACAGCCCCCACAGCCAGACUCCCACUCCAACACCCACACCUGAAAGUGAACAAGAGAAACAGCAGCUGGCGUCCUCACUUUUUGUCGGCCUGGCCUCCCCAAGCUCUGUUUCUCUGAUGGGGAAAUCUGAGCAAACGUCUCAGCGGUUCAGAAGAAAAGCCAGAAUUCAAGACAAACCCCCGACCUCUGGUGAGCAGAUAAACAACCUGCCUCCCGGAGGUGCAGCCGACUUGUUGCUGGACUCUAACGUCUCCUCAGAACUCGUUUCUUCACUCGAACAGACACAUCGAAACUCUCUGGACCUCACGGCUAACGGCGCCUGUGACGCAGAGUUACCUGACGGAGACGUGAAGGAAAUAAAAACACCUCUCAGUACAGACGACUCUGUUUUAGCAGCUGGUCUUUCUCCACACGAGGGUCCAGACAGACCCAAAGACUUGUGUCUCACAUCUUACCUUCCAGCUGAACUUUCUGGACUUUCGCACUCAGAAAUCACUCUGCUGUGCACCAAUCAAAGCCUGGAUCUCUCAGCGUGCCAUGUGCAAAAAGAGGACUGCGUAGAGUUAGUUGUUUUUAUUAAAAACUCCUCAGACUCUGCUGCUCACCAGCUUCAAAUGCAAAUCAGCUGUGAGGAAAUUGAGGUGUCCUGUGUAUGUGACAGUCCAGUAGAGGAAUUAAAAAGCCACAGUGUAACAGUGUGUCAGUAUUUCCUCACUGUGAAGAGGCCCUCAGUUUGUUUUGAUCUGGUUGGGAUGGUUUAUUACCAGCUGGCUGCUGGGUCGCUUCAAACAGCGCAGUUUUUAUACAAACUUCCUCUAACAAGCUUCAUCAGACCGUUGGCGGUGUCCACAGAGGAGUACGGGACCAUGUGGCUGGCCUUCUCUCAUGACACGAAGCAGAACCUGCCUCUGAUGAAAGACGAGCGGGAGCCUCUCACUGCCACCCUGAACCUGCUGAAGACAAAACUGCAGCUUCAUGUUGUGGAAAUUAUCGGUGAAGAAGGGAUUGUAGCUUGCUGCCUCCGCCCGGAUCAGCAGUGUCUCCUGCACUGUCGCAUGCACGCCGGCAUGCUGGCGGCGUGGUUGCGUUCUCCUGUCCCCGACCUGCCUGACAGCCUUCUGUACCACUGUCAGAGAGCUUUACAGGAGCGCUGACCGCCAGCUGCAGCGCCUCCACAGAGCGACUGACCAAUCACAGAGGAGGAGCUGCUGCUGCUGCUGGGAGGAUUUCAGGUCUUUACUGUUCAGCAGUUUUUUUCUACUAUAAAUUAUUAAGUUUAAUGUUAUUUUUAUAUUAAGUAGCAUUAUUUUUAUUUUUUCAUAUAAACGCAGAUUAUUUUAAUUCAUUGAAGGUCAGAGCAGGAAAUAAGCUCAGGGCUAAAAUAUAGCAGGUUUAAAAAAAUACUGUGAUCUUAAAGAGAUCCCAGACUCAAAGACUAAACAUAACAGUAAAUCAUGUAUUAUAGCAUACUUUACUUUUAAAAAAGGUAAAAACUAUAUAUUGAAUUACAAAACAGCACUUUUGUUUAUUUCAGAAAGAAUGUUCUGCAUCGAUGACCUUGGGUUUUAAAACCCAACUUCUUCACAAUCACAGAUUUAAAUUUCCACACAGUUUGAGCAAAAAGUCAUUUUUUAAUUGUUUUUUCUGUCAGAAGAAUCAUAUUAAAGUAAUAUGCUAACAGGCACACAGUUACCAUUUAACUAAGGUUUUCACAGCAAGUUAGAUAAUUUGCUUUACUUUUAUUUAUUUUACCCCUCUCUGAGUCACUUUAUUUUGUAAAAUAAGUAGAAUCGCUUAUUGUUUUAGGUGUUUUGGACAAUGACAGUAAGGGAUUUGAUAAAUUAUUUAAGAAAAUUCAGUAUCCUGCCCAGACAGAAUACUGUAUUUUCAAAAGCUAAGACAAACAAAAGUUACUUUCUUAUCAAAAUAUUGCUUACAUUAGAAAAUCUGGUUGUUUUUUGCUUUAAACAGUGAUGCUCUCACUUAUAUAAUGUUGCCUUCUGUUUUAUAUAAUCAUCUAUUCACUUAUUUUUCUGUUAAAUAUCUGGCUGAAGCAGUCAUAGAUUUAUAUAUUUUUGCAUCCAUUCAGUAUUAACAUUUAUUGAGUUUGCAUUCGAAAUGUCUUACAUUAUUUCACAGAAAGACAGGAAAUCAUUGCUUUCACAUUCUGCUCUGCGUACGGUCUAGUUUUGUCUGUGUGACGUCAGCCUGAAGCAAGAGUUGGAUUUUAUUUUUUAUUUUUAAUGUCUGCACUGAGUUAAAGCACAGUGUGCUGCUGAUGGUGUCUGGAAACUUUAACCCUUUUGCCUCAUUUUCUAAUGCCGAGAUGAGACGGCAUGUUUGAUUUGUGCCUGUGGUACAGAGAAGACGCUUUGUCACUACAUUCUGAUGAAUUAUGAAUAAAUUUAAUAUGUCAAACUA